AUGUCGUCAUCGGUUCCCGCGACCAAAAUUACCACCAGAAGAGGCAGCGUCGACGAUGAAGCCGCAAUCGACAAGCGGUCUAUGUACAAGUUCAUCAUAACUCCCAUCAUCUUCAUAUCCUUCCUCGUGUCCCUCGCGUGGAUUGACUUCCGCUACACCCUCCGGCGACCCUCGGGCACGGCAAGGGGAAGUGCAGGGUACUAUCACAGCUAUCAAGCGAAACUGGCCAAACUGGAGAUGGCGGAUGCCCUGGGAAUCAGGAGCUACGUUGCUCUCGUCAUGCUUGCUGUGGCUGUCGUCAUUGGGUGGGGAGGUUGGGAGGCCGUCAAGGCAAUUUGGUAUUGGUCUGCGUCCCGCACCACGACUUGA